AUGCUACCCAUACUAUGGCUUGACUUCAACCACGACAACAUCGCGGGCAGCCUCCCGUCGGAGCUCGGCCUCUUCUGCGACCUCGCGCUGCUUGGCCUUACUCCGACCGCUCCCCCGAGCGCCUCCUGCACGCACCUCCGCCCAUGGGCCGGCCGCCCGCGCCGUGGUGCUGCUGCACUCACGCGAGUGAGGCCCGCGCCCGGCCAGCAGGACGAUCGCGCUGCCUGCUCCCCGGGGCCGCAUCCUCCCGCCCGCGUCGCGCCGCUGACCCUGCGCUCAGCCGCGUUACGGCGCGCUCCUUCCAGCGCCUACCGGCCCCACCACCGCACCUUCGGCUCGGCCACCUGCUCCUGGCCACGCGCGCUCGGCGGGUGGGCCGGCUCCGCUUCCUGUAGGUGUCCCACGCCGGCUCCAAGCUGCCUCGACCACGCUGACCGGUUCCCGGUUCCGCCCCCGCGGCCUCGGCGCGACGCAGCCCGCGCUGGGCUGGCUCCGUCCGCGACCCAGUCGGCCUCCUCCACGACGCCACGCCCGCACCGCCGCGGCUACGUCCCGCUCGCCGCCUUGCAGUUCCAGCCGGCGCCGCCCCCGCUCCUCCUCGCGCGUGCCCGCAAUCGGCCCCGUGGGGCUCGUCUGCGUCGCCGCUGGCUGGCUCGCGGCCGCGGGCCGGCCCCGCCUCGCAUCCCGCCCACCAGCUGGGCGCGCCGGCUGGCCGCCCUGCCUUCUGGCCGGCUCCGCGCCGCCUGCCACAUGCCGCGCCCGCCUGGGCCGGCUCCGCGCCGCUGUCCGCAUCCCGUGCGCGUGGCCCCGACCUCACCGCGCACCCCCAGCCGGCUCCGCCUCGCCAGACCGGCUCCCCCAAUGCCGGGUCCUCCUCGCCUUGCCGCCAGGCCGGGUCGCCGCCUCCCGCUGGCCCAGGCCGGCUCCUGCCCGAUCCCGCGUACGUCGGCCGCCCUUCUCCCACUCCGACCACGCUGCCGCGUCGCCCGCUACGCCGGCUGCGGCUCCCUGCCGCCUCCCCGUGCCGGCUCGGCCACGCGCGUCCGCGUCUGA